AUGUAAUAAUAAAAAGUAAUCUUUGAAUAGCCAUGUCCAAAAUAAGUUAUUGAGUAAAUAUAUACUUUUCAAAUAGUGUGUCAAUUUAUGAAAGUGAUAGUAAAAGCUACUGGAGGAAAAUAAGAAAUGUUUGUCAUUCAAUACGAUUAUUCUAAAUGCCUCUUAUCAAAUCUAUUUAAUCACCUGUAUAUAUUUAAAUCAAAAUAAAAGGAUGAAGUGACUUUUAAUUAGAAACAAACUAAAUUCCGUUCAUGUACUAAUAUAGGUUCUUUAAACAAGGAGGAACAUAUUGCUAAAAAAAGAGCAAAUGAUGAUUUAAGUGAUGCAUUGAAAGCUAUAAAGAGAGAAAGAGAACUAUUUUACUAUAUAGAGAAAGGUACAUCAAUUGAAUUAAUUGAAAAAAUUCUAAUGAAUGAUCCAAAUAGGUAUUUUAUAAUUUUAUAAUGAUAGAUUCCUUUAUGAAUAAAAAAGCCCUAUGAGAAUUGUAAACAAAAAGAAUUCUUAAGGAUUCACUCCAUUAUAUAUAGCAGCAAAGAAUGGAUUUGAAGAUGUUUGUAACAUUUUAAUUUAAUAUGGUGCUGAUUAAAAUAUUUCAGUAUAAGUAAAUUAUAAUUAAAACUAUAUUUAGAUAAAUUAAAUUGAUGAUUACCCAUUGGUAGUUGCACUUCGAUGGAGACAUUUUGAAGUUAUCGAACUUCUAUUGGCCAAUAAUCCAAAUGAAAAAGUGAGAAUAUUAUUUUAAUAAUCAAUCGACAAGAGUCUAAGACAAAAAUAUUCUUAAUAUAUUUGA